CCGAGUUCACUAAUGCGUUUUGUGUUGUUUUUUGCCGUCAAAGAGUGGCCUGUGUAAUUUGCAUUGAGGGCUCAGUUGAGCAUACAGAACUUGGAAGCUGCCGUUUCCAGCAGCAGCUUCCAAAUGCAAGUGCUAUACUUAAACGCGUUGCCUUUACUUGCUUGAUUUAUGACAAAAUGACAGGAUUAGACAGGUACAGUCUGGGUAGGAUCUCAUAAAUUGCCUCAAAUUUGGCACCGUUGUUAAAAAAAACAAAAAAAACCCCAAACUUGACAAACGACAACAAGAAAAAAUGAAUUCCUUCCAUCCAUAAUGGCCACCUGUGGGACCGAACAGAUAUAUCGCCAUUCAAAGUUAAAUAAGGAUGAUCCUUAGAAGUCUCAUAUGUAGGACCUGCUUUAGACAGUGUUUAUGUGCGGACUCGUGGCUAAUGGAGUAAUCUCAAAGAGUUCUCUUGGCCUUACAUUUAGUAUUUACCCAUAUUUUCCAUUUUAAAUGCAAUAUUUUGAAAAUUUUAAUAUUUUUCCCUAUGCUGCCAAACCCUAUUGGCUAUUAAAACAUCCCAGUGUAUUUCAUCAUUCUGUAGGCCUUUUGGGUAAUCUCAAACAUUAUUCCUCAUUCAAACUGGAGCUUUAAUGUGAAGCAGAGUGCUGCUUACAGGCUGUAUGAACUGCUAACUGGUUUGCCAGUUGACUGGUGAUAUCCUGCAUAUAUGCUGCUUGUGUUGUUCUGUUCCAGCAUGUGCUCGCACACUUUGUCUGGGGCAUUGGGGUGUUAAUGGAUUACUGAAAGGUGUUGACUCAGGUGUGUGUGUGUGUGUGUGUGUGUGUGUGAGAGAGGGUGGUACAGUGCUCAAAGUGUGCUGGGAUCUAGUUCAGUCACCAGUCUCGAGUUCCCGUUUGUCUCUCAUGCUCCCUCUGCCACUCUGUGAUCUGUCUCCUGUUGUCUCAGUCUUGCUUCAGCCUGUCCUUUUUUUCUUCCUCACUCCUGCACGUUAGUUGGCUGCAUUUACCGUUCACCGCUUUUCUCUCUUUGCGAUGUCUUCUUUUUGCAUUGCUUAACAGUCGCUUACCCUCAACAUGGAUAUCGGAGGACUCACAACCGUGGUAGCAAAUUCUGCUUACAUCAAUGCUCGUGGAAGCAUCGAUGGCUCUAAUCCAGCAGCAGCUCGGGAUAAAAAGUACCACUCUCGCCUCAAAUUGCCCCACAUCACUGUGUGCGAGGGCCUGAGGGACACCUUAGAUUUAUCCUUUGACUCAGUCUGUGUUGAACAGCCGAUUGGCAAACGUCUCUUUAGGGAAUUCUUGGACGCAAACAAAGAUUAUCAUGGGGCAUGUCGCUUGUGGAAAGACAUCGAGGACUAUGACCUGGCAGAGGACUCUGAAAGGGCGAAGAAAUCUUCCAAGUUAGUUCAGCGUUACAUGGACCCCUCUGCCAAACACUUCUGCCCGUUCCUCAGUGAGGACAUCAUAGCGAAGGUGAAAGAAUCCCUCGAGGCUGUAGGUGAUGAUUUGUUUUCUGCAGCGCUGGCCAAGACUUUGGACUAUCUGCGCGAGGCCCCCUACACUUUCUUCCUGGAGAGCAUGUACCUGAAGAGGUUCCUGCAGUGGAAAUGGCUGGAGAUGCAGCCCAUGGAUGAAGACUGGUUCCUCGAUUUCCGUGUGCUGGGGAAAGGUGGGUUUGGAGAGGUGUCUGCCUGUCAGAUGAAAGCCACGGGAAAACUGUACGCCUGUAAGAAACUCAACAAGAAGAGGCUGAAGAAGAGGAAAGGCUACGAGGGGGCGAUGGUGGAGAAAUGUAUUCUUGAGAAGGUUCACAGUCGCUUCAUUGUGUCGCUGGCGUACGCCUUUCAGACAAAGGAGGAGCUUUGUCUGGUCAUGACCAUCAUGAAUGGAGGAGAUCUCAAGUACCAUAUUUACCUGGUGGAUGAAAACAACCCAGGGUUUAAUGAGCCUCGAGCCUGUUUUUACAUUGCCCAGAUCAUUCAGGGCUUGGAACACCUCCACCAGAAAAGAAUCAUCUACAGAGAUCUCAAACCAGAAAAUGUGCUGCUCGAUAAUGACGGGAAUGUACGUAUAUCUGACUUGGGUCUUGCUGUGGAACUGAAAGAAGGCAAAACCAUGACAAAAGGCUAUGCUGGGACUCCAGGUUACAUGGCACCAGAGAUGCUAAAGGGAGAAAAGUACGACUCCUCGGUUGACUACUUCACUCUUGGAGUGACUUUGUAUGAAUUCAUGGCUGCUAAGAACCCAUUCAGAAACAGAGGAGAGAAGGUGGAACGUGAGGAGAUGAAAGAGCGUAUGCUAACUCGGGUGGUGACCUACACUGACAGCUUCAGCGAGCACGCAAAGUCUUUGUGUGAUGGGCUGCUGGCCAAGGAAGUGGAUCAGAGGAUAGGUUUUAAGAAUGGAUGCUGUGAUGAAAUCAGAGCACAUCCAUUUUUCAGCGGCAUUAACUGGAGGAAACUGAACGCAGGAAUUCUACCUCCUCCUUUUGUCCCUGACCCCAAAGUGGUGUAUGCUAAAAGUCUGGAUGACGUCGGGGCGUUCUCCUCGGUGAAGGGGGUGACAGUGGAGGAUCCUGACAAGAACUUUUUCGAUGAGUUCGCCACGGGCAACAUCUCCAUUCCUUGGCAAGAGGAGAUGAUCGAGAUGGGAAUUUACGGAGAGCUCAACGUUUGGGGCCCCGAAGGCACCAUCCCCAACGACCUGCGCAGGGAGUCCAUACUAGAGCAGCCAAAGUCAUCGACGUGUUGCAUGUCUUAGAGUCACUAACACGCGUGAACUGCACAGACUUUUGUUUCGUUAGAGCAUGCAGCAUGAAGACACCAUGAGAGACACCAGUCGGUUCUGAACUUUGUGAUUGCACACUGAAACAGUUUGCAGGUUUUAUUAUGUCGACAUGGGAACAGCGAGAAUAGACUGGAGGCGGACUUCCAGCCUGAAAUGAACUUGAUCAUAGAUUUAGGUGUUGAAAAAUUCCAAAUUGUUGACAUCAUCUGUCAUCUAUUGUCCCUUCAGUCUUCUGCCCCUCAUCUCCUUUCACCAUUAACCUGCUCACUUACUUCUCUUUAUAUGUAUAUGUGAUUAAUUAUUGUAAAGCUUUUAGAUUUAAAAUGCAUUAAAACAAAAAAAUCCAAUUUUG